AUGGAAAUUUCACAAGCUGCCCCAAUUCCCUCCUCAAAUCCUGCAAAUCGGCGAGGCCUUUUCGGUAUUUUCACUCCAGCUGCUUCAGAAGCUGUUGUCGCUGCUUUUUCUACUUCUAUUCACACCCUUAAAGCUAGCUCGCGAAUGUAUGCUGAGAUGAUGGUGAUUUUUGAUCUUCAUGUUCUAUGGUUGAUGGCUUUGUUUGUGUGGUUUAGUGAUGCCUAUGGGUUGUUCGUCUUAUGUGGCACCACUUGGGUCCUGACCGGGCCCGCGGGCCCACUACACUUCCUAGCUGGCGGGCCUGCUGGAGAACUUCACUCUGAAGAGGGCCAUUUUCGCAAAGGCAACGAGAAUGCAUUCGAACACCCAUCGGAUUUAGAUAUGACUUUCACUGCAACAAUUAGUCCAUCAGAAAGCACCCCUUUGAAAACCGAACCAAAGCUGCCGUUUCCAAGUAAGUUUGUGUCGCUGAAGGCAUCAGUUCCCCUAACAAGUUGUAUGUAUGAGAUUCUUCUCCAAGUAACACCAAGCGAAACAUCAUCAGCAGGAGCAAGCCCACUUUUUGGCUUUCGUGUCCUCACCAACACAAAUUAUUCCCAGUGCAUGGAGGCACUUGAAAUCUCUGAUCUCCACAAAGAGCAGAGUUGUGAAGAAAAGAUUGAGCAGAAUUUGAGGCCCUCUAAGGACUCCGGGAUCAGCCCCGAAAGAUUAUUGUUAGAUAAAUCCAAAUCCCUCAAGGCUCUAAUAUUCCCCAGUGAUGGAGGAAUGGAUCUUUCAAAUUUAUUAUCCGACAAAAUUAGAAACAAAUGUGCCUGGAAAAUUGUAAGAGAUUUUGAUAAAUUCCCAAUGGAAUCAGGGAGGAUGCCGUUAAGUGGGUUGGACGAAAUCUCUAAAUCCUCCAAAAACUGGCAAUUAGAUAAUGAAGAGAUAAAUCCUAAUCCGCUGAGAGAAUUACCCCAAAUGCGAAGUGUCCGUAAGAGCCUUAAGCUGCCCAAGUUGGGUAUGGUGCCACUGAAUGAGUUAUUUGCCAAUUGCAAUAGAUCUAAAUUGGAAGCAUUGGUGAUAGAAAUCGGAAUCUCCCCAUUGAGUUCAUUUCUCGACAAAUACAAUUUUUCGAGAUUUGGAAGAGAGAGCUCGGGAGAGAGGGGAAGAAUUCCAUAG